AUGUCGACCCCGGAAAGCGCCGAUGAAGGUCUUGAUGUCACAAAGCCAGUCGACAUCAACAAACUCCACAUCGAGGAAAUCGAUCCAGACGGAGAUCUUGUUCUCCAUGUCGGAGCCGACUCGGAUCCCACCCCCCGCACUUUCAGAGUCGAUCCGGCAGCCCUUCGCCGUGCAUCCCCAGUGUUCAAGGCAAUGCUAUUCGGUCCUUCGGCAGAGUCCAAACCUGCAGGCGAGCAGUGGCUGGUUUCGCUGCCAGAGGACGACCCCGAUGACUUUGAAAUCAUCCUGCAAAUCGUCCACUGCCAAUUCCAUGUCAGGAGGAUCCCCAGAAAGCUCAUGACAAGGAAAGCGGUCUACGGCUUGCUGCUUCUCACUGACAAGUACCAAAUGACUCACUUGCUCGCGCCGUGGAAGCACACGUUGGUAGAUUUUGGAAGAAACGGGGAAGUGAAGUGGCAGGGUUACAAAGACAUUAGAUGGUGCCCGUUUGAGGCAUUUCUAUCCUGGCAAUUGGGCUUCUCGAGAGUCUUCAGAGCUCACACUGUUCAAAUUGUGUACCAUUGCUGGAUCGAUCCGCAAAGCAGAGUCCUGGUAUUCAAUAAUGACCAGGGGGAUAAGACGCCGCUCCGCCAGUUACGUUUUGGUCCUCUUGAUAUGGAAGGCGAGUCACCUGUCUGUGCGUAG